UUUAGACGCAACCGUUUACAUUCAACCAACGAAAAGAAAAUGGCGCUUUGCUGUGCAAUCAGUAACGAGGUUCCAGAGCAUCCUGUUAUUUCCCCAGCAUCUGGUCAUGUGUUCGAGAAACGAUUAAUAGAAAAAUAUAUUUUAGAAAAUGGAACGGAUCCUAUGAAUGGUGCUGAUCUCUCCGCAGAUGUAUUGAUUGAAAUAAAAACAACUGCUUUAGUGAAGCCACGUCCUCCAUCAGCUACCAGUGUACCGGCUAUAUUAAAAUCAUUACAGGAUGAAUGGGAUGCUGUUAUGUUACAUAGUUUUACAUUAAGACAACAGCUGCAGACAGCUAGACAAGAGUUAUCCCAUGCUUUAUAUCAACACGAUGCUGCUUGUCGUGUUAUUGCUAGAUUAACUAAAGAAGUAACAGCUGCUCGAGAAGCUUUAGCUACAUUAAAACCACAAGCUGGUAUUACAGCUGGUGGUGUUGGAUAUGCUCCUCCUGCUCAAGCUCCUGCCUAUGCUGCCGAAGCUGGAGCCGAGGCUGCACAACCAAUGGAAGAGGCAGGAAUGAGUGAAGAGGUCAUUCAGAAAUUACAAGACAAAGCUACACUGUUGACAGCAGAACGUAAAAAGAGAGGAAAACAGGUGCCUGAAGGAUUAGCUACUAUAGAAGAUAUUCGUUCUUAUAGACAGUUGGCCUCUCAUACAGGUUUACAUAGUGCUAGUGUUCCAGGUAUAUUGUGUUUAGACAUGUGUCUUAAAGAUACAUCAAAAAUUGUUACAGGUGGUAAUGAUAAGAAUGUGGUCGUAUUUAAUAAAGAUACAGAACAAGUGAUGGCUAUACUAAAAGGACAUACUAAAAAAGUUUCCAGUGUUAUCUAUCAUCCUGAAGAUGACCUUGUUAUAUCGGCCUCACCAGAUUGUAGUAUUAGAGUGUGGGGUGUGCAGACGGCCCAGUGUGCUCAGUUGAUUCGUGCCCAUGAUGCACCAGUAACCGGAAUCAGUUUACACGCUACAGGAGAUUAUCUACUCAGUUGUUCAACAGAUAUGCACUGGGCGUUCUCUGAUAUCAGAACUGGUCGUGUUUUAACUAAAGUCAGCGAUACUUCUACCCAAGCCGCACCUGCCUUAACGUGUGCCCAGUUUCAUCCUGAUGGUUUGAUUUUUGGAACUGGAACCGAAGAUUCUGUCAUCAAGAUCUGGGAUUUAAAAGAAAGAACAAACGUUGCUAAUUUCCCUGGACAUCAGGGACCUGUUACUAGUAUUGCUUUCUCAGAAAAUGGUUAUUAUUUAGCUACAUCUGCCGAAGAUUCUGUUGUUAAACUCUGGGAUUUGAGAAAAUUGAAGAAUUUUAAGACGAUACAACUAACGGAUAAAUAUGAAGUACGAUCCUUGUGUUUUGACCAGAGUGGUACAUACUUGGCUGUAGCUGGGUCUGAUGUUCGGGUGUAUUUAUGUAAACAAUGGAAUGAGUUGGCUAUAUUUAAUGAUCAUACAGCGACAGCAACUGGUGUACAGUUCGGAACUAACGCUACCUAUGUUUCUUCAGCUAGUAUGGACAGAUCACUUAAAUUCUUCGGACUACCAUAGAUAUAAAAUAUUUACAAAAGAUGAACAGAUGUAAUUCAGUAUGUCCAAAACUGUUUAAAUCAUUUCUGGGUCCAGAUUUUAUUAAAUGAUAAAAAAAGAUGCAUUAUUUAAGAUUUAGAUAAAGAGCUGGCUGUUGUGCAGAAAAAUAGAUGAUGAAAAAUGGAUGUGUUGAAAAUUUAGUCAAGAAACUUUGUUCUGAACGAAGUUAUGAGUGUUUAAAGUUUCGACAAGAUAGUCUUGAUUGUCAAGUACCACUGCCACGAUAAUAAAAAAGAUUUUAACGUUAAAUUGUGUGAAUGUUCUAAUCCAUUCAGUAUGGUUUAGAGAGUUGAUUGUGGACUCGUCAUGUGAAUAAAUGCUAAAGUAAUAAUUCAUUUUUAUUUUGAAGCCAAAUAAAUACCAGCAGUAGGCAGAUUUAGCUCUUAUAUAAUGCAUCUUUAAAGAGGUUUCACACGUUUAGUCUAUUUCUUGGUGAAUUGAAUUAAGACCCAGAUUAAAAAGAAUGUAAUGUCCGGCAGGUUUGAACACUUGAUUUAAAAGGAUGUAAUAUGCGGCAGGUUUGAACAUUUGAUUUAAAAGGAUGUAAUAUCCGGAAGGUUUGAACACUUGAUUUAUUUUAGUCGAUGACAUGUACAUAUGAAACUAUAGAUGGGCUAAGCCAGGGUUCUUGUUUCAGUAAUAUUUGCCGGUCUUGAUUGACUAGCAGUGAAAGUGACCAAGUGGAGAACCAACCUGUCAGUCAAUUAACAGGUUAUAAUUUGUUUUCAAAGAAUUUAACUUUUUUUAAGCAAAUAAAAUCAAGUUAUGUGUAAAAACACUUUAAGUGGAUUUAUGUAAAUUUUAGAUAAAGAGCUGGCCGUUCUCGUUAUAAUAUUUCAAAAAUAGAUAAUGCAAAAUGAAUAUAUUGAAAACUUCAUUCAAAUUACUUUAUCUUGAACGAAGUUAUCAAUAGUUGUAGUUUUGACAAGAUGUGUGCAUUGAUUGUAACCACCGUACUGGUCAUUCAAGUCUUAGCCUUGUUUUAAAUCAUUAAAUGACUGAACUGUUCAAAUCUACGUGACUUGAUCAUGGUCUUUUCAGGUUAAUUGAUAGAUAACAUUUUAGGCCUAAAGAAAGAUCUGCAGUAGGCUGAAUUAGCUCUUACAUAAUGUCUGUUUAAAUAUAUAAAGAUAAAUUUGGGUGUUAUAAUAGUCAUAUUCUUUGGAAAAAAUCCAACCUCGUGGGUUUUCUCCGGUUUCCUCCAAGUGCUAAAGACCCCUAGGCGCAAGUGAAUUAUUGAUCUCUCCCUCUCUCUUUUUCGCUCUUUGGAAAAAUAUAUCUUGCUAAUCCAAGGUACACAAAAUAUCAGAAAUUGACUGGGCUGGGAAAAUUGUGAAGUGAAAACCCUGUUUGAAUGUCUUUGACUGACUCAAUCUGUGGUAAGAAUUGCCAAAAGAAACGUGUAUUUUUCGCCUCUGGUAAUUGAUCAAAUUCAUCAUAUUUUUGCUUGGGGAACAACAAAGGACUAGAAAUCAGAAUCUGUUUCUCACGCUUGUUAUUUGAUUACUUCACUGUGCAUUACUUGUCAUUCUUGCGGAAAAUAACCAAAUUUUCCACCCCUUAUUCCAUGCUAAAUGUACUCUCAUUGUUUCAUGCUAAUCUUCUGUUUUGAGCUUUCGACAUGAAAAUUUUUAAACUUUCUCCAUUUAUUUUAUAAUAUAUUAUAUCACAUGUUAAAACUGUUCAAUAUUAUUUUAAAUCUUUGAUUGACUUGGGUCAACGAUACUUAUAACUUCUUGAUAGUACGUUAAAAUCUUUAGGAAUUAUUAACACUUACACUGUUGAGCUUAGACAAUCUGGUUUAUGUCUGGAUUGUUGGCAUGUUACAAGGAACAGGGUUGCCUGUCCAAUCUCCUGGGUUUUCUCUGGGUUCUCUGUUUCCUCCCACUGCUAAAGAUCCCUACGUGCAAGAGAAUUAUUGAAAUAAAAUUCAACCAUAUGUUAGUCCGGGAAGGACCCAUUUUGUGUCAAGUGGAUGUUAAACCCCAUCUCUCUCUCCCCAUUCCCAGUCAUCAUAUUUAUCACAAAAAUAUAAUUAUUUCCCUUCACACAGGCUGCCAUUUUGGUAUAAAUGUAAACAAUAACAAUGAUAUAUUUAGCAUUCUGCAUUGCCCUAGAUGCUAAAUUUAGAAAAUACAAAACUGUUAUUUGGUAUGCAUAAACAACUGUCUCUCUAUUUAUAGUAACAAGGGUAUUCCCUAUGUUAAUUCCUUUAUUUAUAAAAACAACCAUCUAUUUGUUGUGAUGAUGUGACAUACCCAAGAUGUCAGUACUUCCAGAUGUAAAAACAGAUCUUUACACUCAUCAGUGAAAGUGUUAAUAAGAUAUGCCCUGAAUUUAAAAACUGUAUGAUAAAAAAUUACAAAACUGUUUUGUACUUGGCUGUUUAAAUAAUAUUGCAAAACUGUUUUGUACUCGGCUGUUUAAUUAAUAAUAUUGCUGUUUUUGUCAUUAAAGUUUGAAAAACUAUCAAUCACUUCAUGUAAUCAUGAUAUCAAAAUAAAAUCAUUUUAUUAGUU